AUGAUAUUCAUUUUUAAAAUAAUACAACUAUCAAUAAAAUAACUCAUAUGGAAUUUAAUUUAGAGAUGGAAUAUCAUUAUUAGUGAAUAUUUUGAACUGCCAUUUUCUUAAUUUCAUUCUUAACGCCUCUCUGUAUAUAGUUUAAAAAAGUUUUAAAUACUAUCGAACUUUGUUUCUCUGCUUAUUACAUCAAUAUAAUUAAUUUAACGAAAGAUAUUUUCAAUUUAUGAUUCAUAUUUCUCUGCUCAGAAAUCUAAUAUUAUAAUAUUCUGGAAAAUCAUAAAAUAUCUAUAUACAAAAUUAACAAAUUCAGUGUCGCAAAAUUUAACAAAUUCUAAAUAUCUCCUCAGUUUUAUAAACAUGCUUCUAUUCAUCUAACAUUAAUGA